AUGUCUACUCACAAGAUCUAUAUUGCAACACCGAACACUGUGCAUUUGCAAACUGCAAGAGUUUUAUAUACUGGUGCUACAAGAUUGACUCGUUGUCUUCUGGAUGGAGGUAGACAGUCUAGUUUCAUUCAUAAUGAUCUUGUUGAUAGUUUGAAAUUAGAAGUUAUUUCUACUAAACCACUGGAAACGUGGAAUCAGUCUUCAGUCAAUAUUGAAGCAUUUGAAAGUUCCAAUGAAUACACGUCCCAUCCAUCUGCUCCACCUGCUGUUUCACGCCUGGCAUUCCAGAAAAGAAUGAAACUAGCUGACCCGUACGAUAAUUUACAAAAUCUGCCUAUACAAGUUUUGAUUGGUGCUGAUUUCUACUGGCAAGUAUUGAAUCCUAAAGCUCCAGUUAUGCUGUCAGAAUCACUUGCAUUGGUUCCGUCACAUUUCGGGUGGAUUCUAAGUGGACCUCGAUCAUGCACAACUAUAUCCAAUGUAGCUACUGUAAGCUACCUCAACACAUUCACUCAACAAGAACCUAUCAAUGAAAGUGUACGUUGCUUCUGGGACUUGGAAACAAUUGGGAUUACCAUUUCCCAGGAUAGAGAAAUGUCUAAACACGAUUCGACUGUUUUGAAGAACUUUCGUGACUCAUUUAAAUUAGUUGAUAAUCGUAGGGUCUUAUCAUUACCUUGGAAAGCGAUGGUCUCAACAUUACCAACAAACAAAACUACUGCUGAGAACAGAUUUCAAUCACUGAAAAAAAGACUGACAUCAAAUGAAUAUUUGAAGACACAAUACGAAAAAUGCAUGUUGAAUUACAUUGAUCAAGGACAUGUUGAAGUUUGCCCAUCUGCAGAUGAAACUGAAAACACCGAGUACUAUCUGCCACAUCAUGCA